AUGGCGAUCUACUGCUCGGAGAAGAAGAACGAGCUGUUCUAUUUGUUUGACAUUGAAACGUACCUGCUCGAGCACCCGAUCGACGUGGCGGCGUCGACGUACUUGCGGGAGCACUUGCCCGAUGUUGUCGUGCGCAAGGUGGCCGCGUACCUCGCACCGCCGCUCGCGUCGUUGCUGGACACGAUCCGAGCCGACAAGUGCCUUAUCCACAACCUUCCGGCUGUCCUGUGGCCAAAAAGAAACUCGCUGUGCCGCGUCCGCCUCGCCACAUGCAUGAACCUCGCCGUCGAGUAUUUGCGCUCGGGCGCCGAGCGUGCUAGCUGCUACAGCGGUCACGUCCUCUAUCUGGCGCUGCUGACGGCCGGGACGCCAGCCUUUGCCACAGCCGACGCCGACGUGCAAAUGCGGCGACGCUGCUUUGAUUUCAAGGGCGAGUGCGCGGCCCUCGACAAGACAACGCUGACGCCGAUGCAAGCGCUCGUCUUGGAAGAGUACUUGCGCUAUCCCACGUACGGGUGUCAGUAGAAACCGUUGAGUUGACGAAUCUCGUGAAACGCGCAAGGAAGCUUGAAAGUGAGGAGUAUAUUGCAUGGUUUUUCAUUACUUAGCACGUCGAGUCCCACGCCAUUAUCCGAUGCGUUCCCAAGGUACAGCGAC